AUGAAUAUGAUACAAAUGAAAGAUAUGAGUAGUAGUAGUAAUUUUACUACUACUGCCGUUUCACCUCAAGAACAACGUUUGUGGGUAAAAAGGCCGGGUGGUGUUCCUGACAUGACUCCCGAAUUUUUCUUGAACUUAGAAGAGCAAGGCUUCCUAACCCGUGAUAGUGGCAGUAUCGCGGUUUUUCGCUCUGGUGCCCCACAUGUUGAUUAUUUUUUGACGAUAUUAUCUGUGCAACAACAUGAUUGUAAAUGGGAAGGUUUUGUUAUGAACCGUGUGCUAUUUUUAAAGGGCCACGGUUUAAAUGUGGUGGAAUUGAAAGAGAGGUUUGUGGCCAUCCUGGAGCUUGCGGAAGAAUGCUUAAAAUGCAAUUCUUUAGUUGUUUGUCUCGACAAAAAAUGUCCUCAUUUAUCUACACUCAUUCGUAGUUUCUUAUAUGUGGGCUUCGAAUUGGUAUUACCUGGAACUUUUAAUCACAAUUCCAGUGAUUUUCUUCUCGUUGGCAUGGAAUUGUGA